AUGUCCUGGAGGAGCCAAGGCAUCACGGGCUCGAACAACAUCCCGCUUGGGAAAUCGCGGCGCUUCGGCGGCGAAGAGGAAGAGGAUGGCUUUGUCGAGGAACGCGAUCUCAAACGAGGCCGCGAUCCCGAGCCACGAAGCGAAGCCGAUGGCCCUCGCCGCCGCAAGAAGCGCAAUCGAUGGGGCGACGCGUCCGAGAACAAGGCUGCCGGUCUUAUGGGGCUCCCGACCGCCAUUCUCUCGUCCAUGACGAGCGAGCAGCUCGAGGCGUACACUCUGCAUCUUCGUAUCGAGGAAAUCAGCCAGAAGCUUCGCAUCGACGACGUUGUCCCCGCAGAUGGUGACCGAUCCCCAUCACCGCCACCCCAGUACGACAACCAUGGUCGACGUAUCAACACCCGAGAAUAUCGCUAUCGCAAGCGCCUCGAGGACGAGCGCCACAAGCUGAUCGAAAAGGCCAUGAAGACCAUUCCCAACUACCACCCGCCCCAGGAUUACCGCAGGCCGACAAAGACCCAGGAAAAAGUCUACGUGCCUGUUAACGACUACCCGGAGAUUAACUUCAGUAUGAUUGCUAACCCUUUAACCCUAACCACUAACUCCCCCUUUUUUCUUUCCUUCAACUUGGACUAUGACCAGACCCUCAAUACUAUGCCGAUGUGUGGUGUUGCAAGGGGCUCUGGUUUCUUCCGUCGAUUGAUUCUCUCCCCCAAAGUUGGUUUACUUAUCGGACCCCGUGGUAAUACACUCAAGAAGAUGGAGAAUGACUCUGGAGCCAAGAUUGCCAUUCGUGGAAAGGGCUCCGUCAAGGAGGGCAAGGGUCGCUCUGAUGCAGCUCACUCCAGUAACCAGGAGGAAGACCUUCACUGUUUGAUCAUGGCAGAUACCGAAGAAAAGGUCAACAAGGCGAAGCAGCUCAUCCACAACGUCAUUGAAACCGCAGCUUCGAUUCCUGAAGGCCAAAACGAACUCAAGCGUAACCAGCUUCGAGAACUUGCGGCCCUCAACGGAACUCUUCGAGAUGACGAGAACCAAGCCUGUCAGAACUGUGGUAAGAUUGGACAUCGCAAAUACGAUUGUCCCGAGCGACAGAACUAUACCGCCAGCAUCAUCUGUCGAGUCUGUGGCAAUGCCGGCCAUAUGGCUAGAGAUUGUCCAGAUCGCCAGAGAGGUGCCAACUGGCGCAACGAUGCGGGUGGUGGUCGCCCUGCUGCAGGUAGGAUCGGAGGUGGUGAUGCUGUUGAUCGUGAAAUGGAGCAACUCAUGCAAGAACUUGGCGGCGGCUCCGGAGCUGCCCCAGCGCAGAUCGAGGCCGGCCCAGGCGGCAACAACUACAAUGGAAACAGCGAAGCGAAGCCAUGGCAACGAGGACCUACCGGUGGACCCGCGCCCUGGAGAUCCCGCAACCAAGACUCUAAUGACGGAGGCAACGGAGGAAGCUCUGCGGCUCCUUGGGCACGCGAUCGCAAUCGCGGCCACGAUAAUAGCAACGGCAACGGUCACAGCGGCGAAAACAACAACUACUAUGGACAGAACUAUGGCUCUUCAUCUGGAGGAGCGGCUCCGUGGCACCAACAGGCUCACCAGGCGCCGCAGCACCAGGCUCCUGGAAUGGGUGGGUAUCCCAACUAUGCUGCUGCGUACGGUGCCUAUGGCGCUGCACCUGGUAUGGGUGCGCCUCCUGGACUCCCCCAGGCGGGUGCUGCCGGUCUAUCUGCUCCUCCAGGUCUUGGUCCUCUCAACGCUCUCAUCCAGCAGUACUCGGGAUCAGCACCGCCGCCGCCGCCUCCUUCUGGGGAUGCUCCCCCUCCACCUCCCAGCGAUCAGCCCCCUCCGCCUCCCCCCCCUGGCGCGUAA